AUGAAAAGUCUUGUCCUUCAAGGUACCGGCCAGAGCACGCUUUCGAGUCGGUUCGAUCUCCCGCGUCUUCACGUCCUUACCGAGUUUAAGCUAUUCGGACUGGUAUUCUGCCAGGACAACAACCUCGAGUCAGUCCUCAAGCAGCAGCUGCGAAAAUUAGCAUUCGUCGACUGUAGCAUCAUCCUUCGCAUCAAGUCAGGUCCAGGUACUCUGGGUACCCACCCUUACAUGCGCCAUACCACUCCCGAUUUUAUUCACUACGAAGUCGAUCUCCGUUGGAGCAUGAUAUUCACCCUUGUACAGGCUUCUUCAGUCCAAAAGUUCAGCUUCGGUCAGACUCAAUGCGUCGACGGUCAGGGGGAAGUCGUGGAGGGUAUCGAACCGGACCACCACUACUGUUACAAUGCCUACGAGUUCGGCAACUUGACUUCAUGUCCCUUCGACGUUAGAACAUUCAGGACCAUCUUCGAGAACGCGGCCGGUCUCAUAAAGCUACAGCAAUCGAAGGGCCAGAAGGGCAAGGCAGACGAGACCGUCGAGGACCACGAGCAGUACCCACUGUUUCUGAAGCUCGCCGGUGCUCGUAACUCAGAUGUGGAGGGGAUGAAAAACUGA